AUGUCCGACACCCCGGCAGGCAUUGUCGAAUACGCCUACGACAACAUCACAGAGUGGUACCUGCAAUGGGUGACAAGCCAAAAGUCGCCGCGGGAAAGGUACACCAGGCAGCUCCUCGAGAAGCUGCAGCAGCCGUCGCCCUCGAUCCUGGAGCUGGGCUGCGGCCCCGGCGUCCCCAUCCUGAAGUUCCUCCUCGACCAGGGCGCGCAGGUGGUCGCCAAUGACAUCUCCACAAGGCAGAUCGAAAUGGCCAGGGCCCGCUGCCCGGGCGCCAAGCUGAUCGCCGGCGACAUGACGGCGCUCACUUUUGAGCCCGAGAGCUUCCACGGCGCCAUCAGCUUCUACACGCUCUUCCACCUCCCACGGUCAACGCUGAAGGAAAUGCUCGCCAAGAUCCACGGCUGGCUGAGGCCCGGGGGCGUGUUUGUCUUCAACCUCGCCACGGUCGACGAGGAGGAGAUCCACGGCGAGAUGCUGGGGUACGGCAUGUUCUGGAGCAGCUUUGAUGUGGAGGGGAACCGGGCGCUGCUGGGCGAGGUCGGGUUUGAGCUGCUGCAGGUGGAGGUCCUGCAGGCUGGCGACGGGAAGCUGGAGGAGGAUGAUCCGGAUUUUGACGCCGAGUUUAUGUGGGUGAUGGCGCGCAAGAAAGAUCCUUCUGCUGAGAUACAAGUUGCCUCGGCCGACAACGAGCCAACUGAGUCCGCAUGA